AUGGACAUAUCUUGCCCUUCAACAUCAACCUGCGCUUCCUUUCCUGAGUACACCGCUCGCCGAUAUGCAGGCGAGUUGGAGUCGCCAGCGUCGAAUCAAUUCCAUCUUUUCUUCAACGGGGACAUCCCGUUGUCAGUGCCGUGUCUUCGGGCUCUUUCUCUUUAUGAACAAGCCCUGCAGCUUGCGGAUGACGAAUCGUCAUCAUCUGACUCUUCGUUAUCCCCUCAUGCCACUGCCGCCUUUAACGACUUACAUCCGCUGACCUCUGCUCAGCUCGCAACCUUUACCUGCCUUGAGAUGAAAGCUCUUCUCUCUUCUGAUCCAGUCUUCGUUGUCAGCAAAAAAUUCUCCACGCUUGAUGACUCCGAACCUGACCCAGAACUUUGUCGCAACUUUCUACUUGAAGACCCAUGGAUAGCAGUACGUGGGAUCUACUCCGACUUCGUUGUGUGCUCUGGAUGCAGGAGCAUUAUCGCCGGCGAAGAAGACUACCAACGAGAUGUCGAGGCAUGGAUAUCGCAUCGAGAUUCAUGCGCAGGUAUAGAGGAUAAAAUUCUGAACGCUAUCGUUCAAAGUUGGGACGCCCUAGACGCGAUGUCGCUGAUGUGGGAAACGGCGAGAUCGUUAUCGUCACGGACUGACGACAAGAUCGACCCUCUUCCACAUUUCUCAGAAGGGGUUAGAAAGCCCGAUCAUUUUGAGGAACGGAAACGGAAUGUUACCUUUGUCAGAGAAUGGCUGGCCCAAAUCGAGUCUUGA